AUGACGACAACAGCGACUGCCACUGCUGCGACGGAGAUGCCAAUGGAACACACAUCAUCUGCUGUUGACGUGCAACGUAAGAAACCACGUGUGCCCCGAUCAUUCUCUGAUCCCCAGGAGCCUCCUGCAGCUGCGGCGCCAGCGGAAACACUGAGCGCUUGUAGUAGAAUGGGUGAUACUGACCGCAGUAUUCUCUUUGAGUCUGUGCGGCGGUCUAGACCUGCGGCUGGCGCAAAUGCAUGGACAGCGACGGGGUCGGUAAGCGCCGCGUCGCUUGAUUGGGAUUCCUCAGUCAGCAACGUACCCAACACACCGCGGGCGGCGCCCGCUGCCAUGCGCGUCAGCGGUGAAACAGCUGGUGGUCAACCGGCGAUUAGCACGAGCUGGAAUUUUUCUGAUGACACAUUGACUAGGUGGGAAGUAAAUAGCAGUGCGACUGCGGAGCGGCAGGGGGGUGCCGAUGUCGCGCGGGCAGGUGCCGCCAAAAUGCACCCCGUAAUGUCCACCCAAAGCGAAGACAUUCGUCACCCGAAUCAGAUUGGGAGUGGAAAUGCACUCAUAGAGCGCAAUGAGUGGUGCCGCCAGCAUCAGCAACAACGGCAACAACCACACGACAUGAUGGUGAGCCAUCUUAAUAGUUAUAGCAACCCCAACGGCCAUUUUCAGGCGGCUUACAUUUUCCCUUCUAAGAAAACGCUUAGCUGCAAUUCAGUUCAGCAUCAUGGAGGAGCUCCUCGGCAUCACCAGACUCAACAACAACAGCAACAGCAUAAUUGUAUUUAUGUUGUUGGGGCCCCUCGUCGGUGUCACCGACGUCGUGGAUUUGGUGCCGCCGCAGUGGAGGCAAUCCGCAGCCGGGCGCUGAAAGGAGCUAGCUCCCCGCAACACAACACCCCCUCCCCCAUGUUCAAGGGACGCAAACAGCACGUACGAUCCUGCCACACCAAUGAUCAGGAACCUCACGUGGGGUUCCCGGUUCCAUUGCCUCGUUCGAAGUUAUUACUGUGGGGUAAAGAAGAGCCUGCGACGCCAGUAGAUGGUGAAGUGAAAACAAAUUUUAGUGCGUCAGGGUCUGAAUUGGGUAGUUGGAUGGUGGGGGAGAACACGUCUACGGCCUUUCUAUUAUCGGCCAUUGCGCCUUUCUAUGACUGUGCGAUCCAACAGCUUAUCAUUCAGUGUGAGCGACGAGUAGCCAAUGAGCCUGUAGGUGUGAAUGGAAUUUUAUGUCAUCAAAAUACUGACACUUUACAGCAACAACAAUUCUCAUCAUUUUUUGCAAGCAUCCGUUCCUUCGAUAUGCAACCAUCCGAGUCUUUUAAGCCCCUUUCAGCGAGUCCGGCGAAAUUUUCCUCGCCGCAGCUUACCUUUUCUAUGCAACCACGUCGUUAUAGCAGUGAGUGUUUGCAACAACAACAACAACAACAACAGCCGCAGCAGCAGCGGAAUGGGAUGGAAGAGCUUGGAUUGUCGAACUCUAUAGAACCUACACACGGUGAGAGGCACCGUAAAGGAGGAGAGGGAACUCAACCGGAAGGCGCAGCGACUGGAAGUCUAUUCACACUUUUGUCAGAGGAGUCACAAGAACAAGACAAGACACCUACAGUGGUGCAGCAGUUAAUUGAAUCUAUUGGACUUCACGUGGCGUAUGGUGAUGCGGCUCCUAUGGCGUUAAUAGGGGCGUUGGUGUAUAUUUCACGCAUCACGUUGCAGUGUGCGUGUGAACACUUUGGUGUAACAACGGCGAACUGGUACCGCCUUAUUACUAUUGCCAUUUUGGUCGCAACAAAGAUGUACGUGGAUGGUUCGCGGCGAUGGAAUGAGCGCAUUGCCAACGCCGCUGGUCUCUCGUUAAAAGAGGUUAAUAAGCUUGAGCUGGACUUUUUGUUUCUUAUUGACUUUGCGUUACUAAUCAAAGAGGAGGAGGUGGAGGCCUGGGCGGAGUGGAUGGAGUCGGUGGCAAAACGACGCGGGAUGUCAUCCCAGUUGCGCGCGUUUAUUUUUGGAAGAAGCAGCGGCCUGCCAUCUACUGCCACUACCCCAAUAUCUUCAUGUGCAGGAGAGGAGGCUCCCCCACUAUCACUUUUGCACAUGCCAGCGACACCUAUGUCUCUUACACCGGCGAACAUGACACCGCAGAGCAAUGCCCAUUUAUCUCCUGGAGUUAUGCAGUCGUCACUUCGUGGUUCUCAGCGACUAUCCAUGUCUUCUAUAACAGAAUUUGCUGAAAAGUGCCUUCGAGGAAACCAACAACUACACCUUCCGCCUUCCCCAAUUCAAGCUUGCGAGGCCCCAAGGUCGUUUUCUCCUUCACCUAUGCAAGAUCUGCCGGAUUUUCGCAAAACCGAACGUCUAUUUUCUGUUGUGCAUGCACCAGAAGAGCCUUUGACGCCACCAAGUCUACAGCGGAUGUCGAGGUUAUUUGAGGAUGCUUUAACACCCAUGGUAUGGACACCACCAAAGCAACAGACUAUGUCGCCCAUCGAAUUUUUUAAACGGUCUUUGCUUGUGGAGUGUGCUUGUAGUGGUGGCACACCUUUGGAGCGAGGGAGGCACGGUAUGGAGGAGUCGCAAGUAAGCACGUGUAGGAAUGACGUUCAACGCUUGGAGUUUGAUGCAUUUGAUAGGGAACAAACUCCUCCACAUCGCCCACUGAAUGUAUUGUCUCCACCUGAGAGACUUGAUAUGACAUUACCUCCUCCUGGUGUGGGGUACGACGGUUUUACAAACCUCAGCCGGAGCAGCGGUAAUAAGGGUAUUGGACCCACGAACGGGACAGCGUUUCCCGCAGCACUGCCACACGCAGCGUAUUCUGUGCGCGCGUCACAGGAUAAAACUGUGCAAGGGUAUGCAGCAAAUGCUUUGGCGUUCUCUUGCGCAGAUGCCCAAUCCAAGCAGAACAAGGUGGCUACUACAGCAGUGACGCCGCACGUUAAAAGCCAUUCUAGAGGUGGCAAAUUGAUGCAUGUGAUUUCGCAAGUACGCGAGGUAAUCGGUGCGACGCGAUCAGUUGUGCGCGGCACCCCCCUUAAUAUGCUGGGCAUCGACGCUGACGGUAACGGAGGCACCGACAUGGAAGAAAGAGACUUAUAUAACAACGACAAAGAAGUUGAUGACUAUGACGCCGCUGAAUGUGAGGAAGAGGAGGGCCAUGAUGAAUUUGAAGAUGACUUUGAGGAUGACAGGGAAAAUAUUUUUACCCGUUUCCACCCGGUGCCGACGCACUCUCCACCGGCAUAG